AUGUCCUAUGAUCGAACUGAAAUUUAUGCCGCUCCUGUUCUGGCUGGAGAGGAGAUAGGUGAGAAUGAUAAUUCGGAGAUUAUCAAGGCUUUUCAUAGUUUCAUCCUGGAGUUUCGGUUGGAUGCUCAUUUCGUGUACAGAGAACAGCUUCGCAGCAACCUUCUGGUGAAGAAUUACUGCGUGACUGUCGAUACGGCACAUUUGAUCGGCUACAAUGAAGAUUUAUAUAAGAAGCUCUGCGAUGAGCCGACAGAUGUGCUCCCGCUACUAGAACAAGCUGUGACACAGGUUGCACGAAGAAUAGCACUGUUGUCGCGCGACAUCAGCUUGGAUCCCACCGAUGGGGCAGAAAAGGCCAAUGCUGAUGGGUUGAGCGGUGCCGAAACUGGACCUCUUGGAUCUGAGAUUCCAGUCUGCCAGGUCAUGCUGAUAUCUGACGCUUCUGAAACAUCCCUCCGGCUUUUAGGCUCUGAGAACGUCUCAAAAAUUGUUCGUGUGAGUGGGAUCGUAGUUUCUGCAUCUGUCCUAUCGUCCAAAGCAACUUUUCUCACAGUGAUGUGCAGAAACUGUCGACAUGUCACCACACUGCGACUCAACACUUUUGGCUCUUUAGGCGGAAGCCAUAUCACACUUCCAAAAACGUGUCUGGCAGACCACUCCCGCGAAACCGGCGGCAAUCCAUGCGGCCAAGAUCCGUAUAUGAUUGUGCAUGAAUCCUCGCGCUUCGUGGAUCAGCAAUUUCUAAAGCUUCAAGAGAUUCCAGAGCUUGUGCCUGUCGGUGAGAUGCCUCGCAACAUUUUGAUGUCCUCCGACCGUUAUUUGACCAACAGGAUUGUUCCCGGGACCAGGAUAACUAUUGUGGGAAUUUACUCAAUCUAUCAGGCCAAAAGUCGGGGUACAGGGACUGCAGCGAGCGGUGGUAGAGCAGUGGCUAUCAGGAACCCAUACAUCAAAAUUUUAGGGAUUCAAACAGACCUUGAUGGCAACUCUAGUAGUACGGCACAUUUUUCAGAAGAGGAAGAAGAACAGUUUUUGACACUAAGUCGGCGUCCCGAUCUUUACGAAGUGUUUUCUAGGUCCAUCGCUCCAAGCAUUUAUGGAAAUGACGAUAUAAAAAAGUCAAUUGUAUGCUUACUGAUGGGUGGCUCGAAAAAGCUUUUGCCAGAUGGUAUGCGGUUGAGAGGAGACAUUAAUGUCUUACUUCUGGGUGAUCCAGGUACUGCUAAGUCGCAACUUCUAAAGUUUGUUGAGAAAGUAAGCCCUAUUGCUGUCUACACGUCAGGUAAGGGCUCUUCUGCUGCCGGUCUCACAGCAUCGGUUCAGAGGGAUCCAGCCACGCGAGAGUUUUACUUGGAAGGCGGUGCUAUGGUCUUGGCUGACGGAGGCGUUGUCUGUAUCGAUGAAUUUGAUAAGAUGAGAGAUGAAGAUCGUGUUGCAAUUCACGAGGCUAUGGAACAACAAACUAUUUCCAUUGCUAAGGCAGGAAUCACAACUGUUUUAAAUUCGAGAACCAGCGUUAUGGCUGCCGCAAACCCAAUUUAUGGUCGUUACGACGAUUUGAAAUCACCAGGUGAGAAUAUUGAUUUUCAAUCGACCAUUUUGUCUCGUUUCGACAUGAUUUACAUCGUCAAGGACCAUCACAACGAGGAAAGAGACAUUUCGAUAGCCAAUCACGUCAUGAAUAUUCACACAGGCCGGACUGCUGUCCGCGAAGAAGAAGAAGAAUCUAUAGGAGCAGAAAUACCGAUCGAGCUAAUGAAAAGAUACAUCACGUACUGUCGGAUGAGGUGCGCCCCACGCCUUUCUUCGCAAGCAGCCGAGAAACUAUCUUCGCAUUUUGUUGGCAUUCGUAAGAAACUUCUUAUUAACGAGCUUCAAAGCGAGCAGCGUUCAUCAAUUCCUAUUACGGUUCGUCAACUCGAAGCUAUUAUUCGUAUAUCAGAAUCGUUAGCUAAGCUCGAACUUAGUCCCGUCGCUCACGAAAGACAUGUUGAUGAGGCGAUCAGACUAUUCCAGGCCUCCACGAUGGAUGCCGCUUCGCAAGAUCCGAUCGGUGGUAUGGGUCAAAACCCAGAUCUAGUGCAAGAUGUAAGGCGUAUCGAGGAAGAACUUAAGAGGCGAUUGCCCGUUGGCUGGUCCACGAGCUACCAAACUCUACGCCGGGAGUUUUGCGAGCAGAAAAAUUAUGCUCCACCGGCCCUCGAUAGAGCUUUGUAUAUUCUAGAGCGUCACGGUACAAUCCAGCUACGAUACCAGGGCCAAAACAUUUAUAGAAGUGGUGCGUGA